AUGCGCGUCAUAGCUGCACUGCUCUGCAUUGUGUCACAGGCCUGGACAGUGAAUGCCAACGUCGAGAAGACCAUAUUUCUCGGGCCCAGCGCUGUGCCUCUCCCUGAUGUCCGCCCCAGCUUAGACGACCUACGCCUGCACUCGCUGUCAAGUCUUGAACCUAUUCUGUCCACGCAACUCUCUGUGCAGUUCCCUUCGAGUACGGGACCCCACGGUCUUGAAUCCUGGUACCUUCUGAGUGGCCUGGAGGAGGGCAGAAGGUACGAGGUCCGCAUAUGCUGGCCAGCGACCUCGCCGACCGACUUCUGGCUCGAUACCUACUCAAUCACCGAAGUCUUCGACACUCCGCAUCUGAUAUCCUCUCUCGCAGAAUACAGUGAGCAAUUGCCGGGAUCGAACUCUAGGGACAGCUUGAACAAGCAGAAAUUGACAGGAGACACGCAGUCGAUACUGCUUCUGCGAGUCCAGGCAGCAGCGUCAUACUAUUCGACUAACCGCACGUUAAUGGACUACCCGCCGCCGGUCGAUGUCGAUAUCAUUCUUGAUCCCUUCCUCCUAAACCUCCUGCCGUGCUCCCUAGCACCGGUCGCCAUAUACAUCACAGCUGUUGCGGUUGCAGCGUGGUUUGUCUCAGGCUACACAUAUCGCUGGCUGCUCUCGGUCGUCGAAGAGUCUUCCGCAAAAGCGCAUGCAGAUUAA